CGCUUCCAAGCCACACUGCUUCUUGACACACUGCUCGUUGAACCCUGGAAGCCAGCCGCACCAAUGUGUCGUAGGAAACACCGUACAGCUGGCAACUGAAGUCAGCGUGCAUUGCGCCCGGCCCGCCACAAGGAGUCGCUAGAGCUCGAUGGGACAAUGACAUCCCGGCCGGCCAAACCCUUCCCCUAACCCGGACGUCACUGGGUCAUUUGUGCUCCGCCUCACGUGUCCUUGUUUCCCUCUGUGUGUAUUUGUUGACGGGAGGGUGGCAAAGUGAGAAUGAGAGAUGAUACCAUACCCUCUGCCAUUCUGGAGAGAGCACUCCCACGUUGUCUCUGACUUGACCUGAGCUGUGCUUUUAGCGGUUUCUCCGGCGCUCCAUAAACAACAGUUAACAAAACUAGAACACAAGGAGGAUUCUGUCCUACUUCAGCCUCCAGUCGUUAAGCUGGAAGACUUCUGACGUCUUGUGUUUUGAAACAGCAGGGCCUAUAGUGUUUGUUUAGGCUGGUGAGUAAUGGCUGGGGCUCCCAGAGGACGGAGCUCCAGUAGGAUGAAACAGAACACUGCCUGUCGUAGCCCAGCAUUAGGAGACAGACUGCUGUAACAGUACACUUUCACUGUCACUACUCUCUGUCUGUCUCUGUUUGUCUCUGUCUGUCUUCACCAGACUAGACCUGUAAGUUCAGUAUAUUACAAUGGUUUACCACAGCCUAUAACCAAACUCUUGUCUGUCUGUCUCUCCGUCUGUCUGUCUCUCCAUCUGUCUGUCUCUCCGUCUGUCUGUCUCUCCGUCUGUCUGUCUCUCCGUCUGUCUGUCUCUCCGUCUGUCUGUCUCUCCGUCUGUCUGUCUCUCUGUCUCUGUUUCAAUAUUUAGUCCCAGGUAGAGCAGUUGGGGCUAAGGAAGGCUAAGCUGAUUGCUGCUUUCUGGUUACUUUCCUGAGAAGCUGGUGUUGGACUGGAGCAGCCAGCUAGGGCCAUGAGCCAGAGGUACCCCUUCCCUCUGUGGACCAGAGCCAACAUGGAGGUUUAGCCCAGACAGACGCUGAGCAAGUGUUCAGUGCUGUGGGUCCUCUACCUGGGAAUGGAGUGGUGUCAGCUGCAGACUGGAUGACAGGGUCUUCAGGGAGAGCCCACGCUAAUCCGUUACGUUACGGUAACACUGACGGCGAGAGACAUCCUCACCCCGGCGACCACAACAGAAUCUGCCUCUUUUUUUCUCAUCCAACUCUAUCUGGACUCUCUCCUGGUCCCCUCUACUGCCCCCCUCCCUCCCUCCCUUCCCUCUCCUCUCCUCCUCUUUCCCUCACCUUCCCUCCUUCCCUCCUCCUCCCAUCCUUUUCCCUCUCUCACUCUCUUCCUUCUCUCCUACCCUGUUGUCCAUGUGCCAGCGCCUCUCUCCUGCUCCUGUCUGAACCCUGAACAUUGACCUCUGACCCUUGAUCCCUCUGGAGGUCAGGAUGAGCUGGCUGAGCCGGCUGACCCCUCGGGGUCCGGGGGGCAGGUCCAGUAGGAACGUAGCCUCUUCCAGUCCCUGUACUGCUGACCCAGAGACCUGCCUCAUGGUGUUUGAGAACCACUGGAGACAGUUGUCCUCGGUGCUAGAGCAGCGGGACCCGUCAGGCUCUAGUGAUGACCUCACCACGGUGCGGAACCACACCGAUCAGAUGCUGUGCCUCCUGGCUGAAGAGCGUCCGGGGGAAAAGGGCGAGGGCCCCCCCGGGACGUUAACUUCCGCCAACGUCCCGCCGGUGGGACCCAUCCUGGACCUGAUGGUGACUGAGAACGUCCUGGAACGCGUGGUGCAGUGGCACCUGCGACGCGGAUUAGACCUUGACAGCCAGGGGGCGCUACUCAAGUUGUUUGAGAUGCUGAUAGGCCAGUCUCAGCAGCCUUUGCUCCAACACAAGGCGGUGCUGCAGCCUCUACUGGGUCUACUAGGGGCCUGUGCUGAGCCCCAGCUGGGCUGCCACCCUUCUCUGGAGAACAGUCUGGUACUGCUGCUCAACCAGAUCUGUGUGUCGAUGGCGCGCGCCCCGGCGGUGUUGGAGCUGCUGUUCAGGUCGGCCCCGGCCCAACACGGUCCUACCAACCUGCUCAUCUUCUCCCUGUUGGUCCCCUUCAUCCACCGUGACGGAGCCAUCGGACAGCAGGCCCGAGACGCCCUGCUCCUCGUCAUGGCAACCUCCGCCAGCAACCAGGGUGUGGCACGCUACAUCGCAGAGAACUCCUACUUCUGCCCAGUGCUGGCCACGGGCCUCAGUGCUCUCUACUCCUCCCUGCCGAGGAAGAUAGAGGUACGGGGAGACGACUGGCACGCUCUGCGCAGGGAGGACUGGAUGGGCGUGUCCUCUCUGGUGCUCUUCAUGAACUCUCUGGAGUUCUGUAACGCUGUCAUCCAGGUGGCUCACCCCCUGGUCCGCAGCCAGCUGGUCGACUACGUUCACAAUGGCUUCCUGGUCCCUGUCAUGGGACCCGCCCUACACAAGUGACAACGACACCAUCCUGGACACCUUGCUGACGCGCGUCAGCAGCAACUCGAGGCUGUGUAUGGUGUCUUUGAGCCUCUUCCGGACUCUACUCUCUCUCAACUGUGAAGACCUCAUGUUGCAGUUGGUUCUCAGGUAUCUGCUGCCCUGUACCCAUGUGAUGUUGAGUCAGAGGCGUGCUGUCAGGGACACUGAUCUCUAUGGUAAAUCAGCUGACAAGUUCCUGUCCCUCAUCCCAGAGUGCUGCCGCCUGAGCAUACUGCCCUCUGCUGAGCGGGAGGAAGAACCUGCCUUCUGGGGGAAAGUACUGAACAGUCCCAGCUCAGAGUCUCCUGUACACCCCAAACCGAGCACUCCGUCCCGCCUGGCCCUCUUCAUGCGCCAGCAGAGCACUGCACUGCCCUUCACUCCCUCCCCCACUGAGACGGUCCCCUCGUCCCCCCGCGGGGGCCCUAGCACCCCCCUGUCCCCCGACAGCCCCAUGCACCCCGUCCCAGAGGGGCUGGACUGGGAGUCGGGGUACCUGGAGUACCUCAGGGACGCCCGUAGGGGGGUAGAGCUGUGCUCCUGGGCCUGCCGGAACUGGUCAGCCCCCUACGACGGAGAGGACCCCUCACCCAACACGGCCCCUCUACCUCCCCCGCCCCCCACCUCCAACCCUUCCCUGGCCAUGUUCCCAGAGCACUUCUCCUUCCAGCAGGGAGGAGGUGGUAGUAACUCCCACGGCCAGCAGAGGGCAGCGGUGGUGGCAGCAGCUCGGUCAGAGUGGAGCAGUACAGAGAGAGACAGUGGAGAGUGGGACGUCACCAUCGGUAAGAACAACUGUACUAUCAGCCUCACGCCCCGCACCAAGAAACGCAGCCUACAGAGAGAGGAGGUCCCCCUCCCAAAACCUCUCCACCUCCCUCCUGACUCUACCUCUGCCUCCGUCCCUGACCCCUCUACUGCCCCCCACCUCCCCUCCGGCCCCUCCAUAGGCCCUCACCAGGCCAUCUUCAAUGGAACGUCGUCAGGGGGUCAGGAGGACAGGUGUCCAGACAGCCGGGAUGGAGGGAUGGAGGUUAAGAAGGUGAAGAGAGAUUUGGGCGAGCAGCAGCACCCUGCGGGGGUGGGGGACUCUAGUCAGAACAUUGCGGUAGAUGCCAGCCUGGCCCCUGCCCAGUCCUGUGGGCCCCUACAGGUGUUGCACAGUGAAGGGAAUAGAAGUGUGACUGUGGAAAACUCCCGACGUCUUCCAUCACACAUACAGAGUCCCACCCAGGAACAGCCUGCUCCGUGGACUCCAGCACCUUGUACCAACUCCUCCAACGUCAGCCUGCCCCCUCAGGUCCCUGGAUCGGGACCUCCAGAGGCAAUGCUCUCUACCCAGUCAGAAGCAGUGGAGCGGCUGAUCUCUGAGCUCCUGGAUGGGGUCGGACCGGGGGAGGGGGGCCAGCAGGGGCCUGGAGACUCCAACGGCCAGGGCAUCAGCAUCGAGGCCUUCACCCAGGAACUCCGGGAGCUGGAGGAGAGGGUGAGGGAGAGGAGCAGGGGGGUGGGGCUUCUCAGACAGCUGGAGGAGACUACCAGAGACCCCGACUCAGAGGAACCGCUGCUCCACUCGCCCCUGGACGCUGACCUGAUCGGGUCUGGGGCAGGGACUGGGGUGGAGCCCAAGGGAUUAGGGUCAGCUGUGGGGCUGUUCAGCCCUGCCAGGCCUCUAGGACAGCCAUCCUCUCAGCCCUACACAGGUCCGUUUAUGGUGGUUCUGUUUGCCAAGCUGGAGAACAUGCUCCAGAACUCUUUGUAUGUGAACAUCUUGCUGACAGGGAUCCUGUGCCAGCUAGCCUGCUACCCUCAGCCCCUGCUCCGAUCCUUCCUCCUCAACACUAACAUGGUGUUCCAGCCCAGCGUCAAGUCUCUCAUACAGGUUCUGGGCUCAGUAAAGAAUCGCAUUGAGGUGUUUGCAGCGUCCCAUGAGGACUUCCCUGCCAUGCUGAGGAAAGCCCAGCGGUACCUGGUUGCCAGGGGCAAAGUGGACUGGGCUGACUCUUCCCCCAUGGGGGUACCCACACUGCGACGCUCUGAUUCCCUGGUGAAGAGCCGGAAACCUUCGCUAGGGGACCUGAUCAUGCGUCACACCAACAGCCCCACGCGGGCACGCCACGCCGCCCAGCUUGCCCUGGCCCACGUACGAGACGGCGGCCAAUCGCUGCACAGUGCCCUGUUCCGGGGCGGGACUGGGGCGUCGGGGCUGGAGAAGCAGGCGGAGGCUCUGAGGGUGAAGAACGCUGUCUACUGCGCAGUCAUCUUCUCUGAGUUCCUCAAGGAGCUGGCCGCUCUGGCCCAGGAGCACGCUGUCUCCAUGCCCUUUCUCCAGAGCCACGACACUGAGGAGUGAUGCUGUCUGUCUCCAUACCCUUCCUAAGGAGUGAUGCUCCCAAAUUCUGCAUCCCAAUUCUACACCAUCCUCCCAAUGUGUGGUCUUGCAGACUCUCCGUCAUUGAUUGAAAAGCAUUGGCUGACGCCAUUUCUUUCCCCAGCAUUUAUAUCUAUGAUGGAAUGUGUUCCUGGCAAUGUCUGGGCCCAUGUCCACAAAGCAUCUCAAGAGUAGCUUCCGUUUGAAACUUUUAGAUCAUAUAUGGACAGGUCCUAGACAGGCACUCCUCCUCUGAGACGCUUUGUGGAUGUGGGUUCUUUCCUCGGUCCAGCUACCGUUUUACCCCCUCCCGCCUGCAGGGGGCAGAGGGGAGCACUGACAGGGCUGAGUGCUGCAGGGAAGAGACAAGAG